AUGGCAGUGCCGAGCCUAUUGGACCUCUGUAUUCAGGCAGCAGCCAACAGUGUUCACUGGACAGUGCAACGCCGGAGCUUGGAGCGACUGCCCGAACAUGCUGCCAACGAACUUCUGGAGCUGCUGCUGCUCCGCCAAAGCCCGUUCCUAGGAGGAACAACAACAGCAAAAGCGGCGUUAUUAACAGGAGGGGUAAAAGAAGGAAGAGUGGUAGGAAGAGGAGGUGAUCGAGGAAGCCCAGCCGCAGCCGCAGGCGGAGGAUCUACUCCUCUGCGGCCGGCCACCCUGGAGUUAUUCCUUCACAGCGUCACACGUGUGAGGCUCUGGGGCCCGGCGGUUACGCUGGAGUGGCUGGCAGCGCUCUCGGGAUUCAGCCAUCUCGAAACGUUAACGCUAACAGGCUGUAGCAAACUGACCGCUGCAGCACUACAGCCACUGAUCUUCGCGUCCGGCCGACCACCAGCUAGCCCCACUCUCACCGCCAGCCCCGCCCUGACACCAGCCGCCACAUCUCUUCGUCAUUUGGACAUCAGUGGCUGCAGCCGACUUGGUGAUGAGGCCUUACCGGCGCUGGCCUCCCUAAGCUGCUUGCUCUCCCUCAACAUAACGGCUGCCCCUCUUCCCGUCCGCACGUUCAUGUUCGGGUAUAACGUCUUGGGGAGUCCGUUUUUGCGUUACCCUUGCAUUUACGGCCCCAACCCCCUCGCGGUGUCCGCCCUCGCGGGGGGCUGCCUGCAGAGACGGGCAGUGGGAGACGAGGCCUGGUUGAGUCUACUGCCGCACCUGCCCGCACUGCGUCACCUGGACCUGUGGGGCAGUGAUGCGGGGGGUGGGCCCGAUGGAGGCGAGCAGCUGCUGCUGCUGCUGGCAGCCGGACUGCCGCUGCUGAGGUACCUUGGGGCGGCGUGGACGCAGCUGAGCACGGUGCCGGCGUUACCGGAGCUGGAGUUCCUAGAUUUGCGGCAUUGUUGGCUGCGGGAGGUGUGGUGGCCGGCAGGUCAGCCCUCCCCUCUGGCUCUACGGCAGCUGCUGCUGCGGGGUGCCGUACUGUCAGGGCAGCUGGCGGCGGCGGACGAUCCUCCGUACUCGCCAGCGGGGCUGGCCUGUGUGAUCAGAAGGUCUCUGCGGCUGCAAGGCCCAAUGCUCCCAGCUGCUCUGCUGACCUUGUGUGUUUGA